AUGUUCUCAAUUGUUUUGUUAUUCACAGUAUCACUAUCUCAAGAAUAUCACUACGAUUUAAAACUGGAAGACUGCCCUCUUGAAUUUAGAAUAGACAGUUUACUUUACGACCAAGAUGAAGACAGUUUUCGCUUUUUCUUAACAGUUAUCUCUGAUGACUCAUUUUCAACUGCAAAAAUUGAAUUUGGAGGAGAUAAAUACAAAGAUGAAAGCUUUAUUAAAUAUGAUAGCUACGGAACAAUCAAUUUUUACAAAUCGUUCCAUCAAGAACACGAAACAGUUUUAAAACCCGGCACGUAUUCUUUAUCUGUUGAUGUUGCGAAAACCUACUUCCCCAAAGACCACCAUUUCGUUUUUAGAUUGUACACAAUUUUUGGAAAUACAACAAAUUGUUAUCAAUUCUACCAGUCUGAUUUUAAACCUUAUUCUUAA